CAGUCCGCUACUUUCCUUCCUACUGGCAGCUCCCAACUAGAUACCAACCUCUUUGAAACUACAUUAGGAGACCGUCACUCUUCUCAUAAUACUGCAAGCACUAAUGCGGACAUGCUAGACUGGUAUGGUAAGGAUAACAGCGACGCACCGCAAGCCAUACCGCAUAUGCUCCUAUCGCACCCAGCGCACGUUGAUGUCCGACCGUCCGCCUCUCUUACGUGCACUACACGCCUGUACGACCAAGACAAAGACGACCGAGGCAACCAUUCUUCCUAUAAU